AUGGCAAACCCACAUGGAAAGUACGCCUCGAUUUCACUCUACGAACAUAUCCACCUCAUCUUCAUCUUCCUCCAACUCCCUCUCGUCAUACUCUGGACCAUCCUCCUCUUCCUUCUCCGCAUCCGCCGUCCAGCCCGAUCCAUCCGGCGAGACACAUCCCUUACCAUCAUCCGAUUCAUAAAGUAUCGCGUCUCCCUCCCUCAAAGACAAUACAUCAGCGGCACCUCUACCAAUACCUACACAAAGUGGUGCAAGAAACAUGCCCUCCCUGAGAUGAUUGAAGAGCUCAUAGGUGAUGCGAAGAUUAUGUGGAUUGGGCCGAAGAGGACCAAGAGGGUUGUGCUGUUCUUUCCUGGCGGCGGCUACUUUGCUGCUCUCCCCAUAUUCAUGCUCGAUUUCUGGCGAUACGUCCAACUCAAACUCGAGUUAGAAGUUGGGUUUGCUGUUUUGAACUACUCGCUUUACCCAGAAGCAACCUACCCAACGCAACUCCACCAAGCCUGCACAGCACUCGACCACCUCAUCUCAACAGGUACACAUCCAAGCAACAUCCACAUCAUAGGCGACUCCGCAGGCGGCAACCUCGUUCUCGGCUUACUCUCCAUCCUCCUCCACCCUCUCCCCCUCACCGACUCCUCCGAGUCUCCACCACGGAUCAUAAACAGCCCUCUCCCCGCCCCACUCGCCGGCGUAUACUUAAUGUCUCCCUGGGUAAACUUCACCAACACCGCCCCCUCCCUUGUCGAAAACACACCACACGACAUCUCAAACUCACCUGGGCUCGGAGAACAUGUCAUCGGCUGCUAUACACCGUCAUCUCAACGGGCGUACGUCGAGCCGCUCAAAGCUCCUUCGGGGUGGUUCGAUGGUCUUAAUGGCGUAGUUGAUAGGCUGUUGAUUCAUUUGGAAGGGAAGAAGACGAGGGGGUAUGAGUUUGUACUGCAGGAAGGAGGGGUGCAUGAUGAUCCGUAUUUCGACUUUUUCUUUGGGACGCCGGGAGAGGGUGAGGUGGUCUAUUCUGUCCACUCCUAA